AGACCAAGGGAAUAUCCUGAGGCUCUUCCUUGGGGGAAGCACAGUCUUGGAGAUACUGCUCUUGGGAGCAGGACAAGGGAAAGUAGGAAAGAAGGACAUACAGACAGGCAGAGGCAGGCCCUGAAGGGAAGGUGGGAGCUCUCCCAGAGACUGGCUCUGUCUUGAGGCGAGUCCCCUUUCCUGGGGUCCCUUUAUGGCCCCAUUGCUGGCAGCUUCAGAGCAGAAGGAAGGAGGAUAAUUAGGAUUCGUAGCAGGAGGAUUCCCGUGACGAGGAAGCGGAGCCUGAAGUGGGUCUGUGAUUCUCGCCCAUGUCUUCCUUCCAGGUGAAUGGAUCCCGGAUGAAUCUGCCCCUGGGGUGGGCUGGUGGCAGAUUCCACGCCUUUUCCAGUCCCUCUGCAGUUGUGCUCCAGUUCCAUUUUGGUCUUUCUGUGUCCUUUGAUGAGUCCCGUUCCCUGUGGGUAUUAGUCCCUGAGGCUUAUGCAGGUUCCCUGUGUGGUCUGGGUGGAGAUUUCAAUGGGAAUCCUAAGGAUGACUUCAGGAGCCCCGGUGGUGCACUGAUCCCUGAUGCCGAUAUGUUUGCCAGUAGCUGGAGGGAGCCAGGACUUCCUACUCACUGCUCUGGAGGGGGGUUGGCUCCAAGGUGCCCACCGGAGAAGGAAGCCCAGUACCAGUCCCGGGCUUCCUGUGGCCUGCUUAAAGACCCAGACGGGCCAUUCUCUGCUUGCCAUGAGCUGACCGAAGCCCGCAUCCACACGGACAACUGCAUCCGUGAUGUUUGCGCCAGCGACGGUUCCCAGGAGAUACUCUGUGAGGUUCUCCGAAGCUACGCUCUCCAGUGCCAGCGGCGGGGAUUCUCCAUCCGGCCCUGGAGACAGGAGGUGGGGUGUGAGACGGCCUGUCCCAUCCACAGUCACUAUGAACUCUGUGGAUCCUCUUGCCCCAACUCCUGUGCUGAGCCCAACCUGACUGCCAGCUGCCGCACCCCGUGCCAGGAGGGCUGCCAGUGCGAUGAGGGCUUCGUGCUGAGCGGCGCUGACUGUGUGCCCCCAGCUCAGUGCGGCUGCACCUCGCAGGGCAGAUACUACCUGGCCGGGGAGACCUUCUGGGAAGGGGAGGGCUGCCGGCGUUUCUGCCGCUGUGAGGCCUCCAGCCACCAGGUGCACUGCUCCGACUCCUCUUGUGGCCCCGGGGAGAGGUGUGGCACCCUGAAGGGCAUCUCUGGAUGCCGCCCGCUUGCCCCUGGCACCUGCCAGGCACUGGGGCCGCUCCGGUACAUGACCUUCGAUCAGAAGACCUUUGACUUCCCCGGCACCUGCAAAUUCAUCUUGUCUGAGCUGUGUGUUUCCUUGGGGUCCCUGCCCUUCUUCAGAGUGGAAGUCAGAAAGGAGAACUCUCCGAGCGCCCCCGUAGCUGCCAUCUCAGAGAUAGUUAUCUUGGUCAAUGGGACCCAGAUCCAUCUUCAGAAAGAAACUCCAGGCUGGUCCAGGUAAGUUCAUCUCGACAAGAAACCUCUCUCCAAAUGCCCCAGAUCAAGAUCCACCAAUGGGCAAAAGCAGAAUGCUGCUUGGACCUCCCCAUC